AUGGGAGCUGAAUCAGCCAGUCAGAGCUUGGAGCAGUCGCUUGUCGCAUCGACAAGCAGAGGUGCUGAUACUGGUACCAACACCGCCUAUUUACCUACCAACGCAACGGGCGGAAUCCUGGAUCAACCACGACACGAGGCCUCGAAGCACUCUAAAUUAUUUAUUUACCAGCAGCCACUACAGUUUUUUUUUGCCAGCAAAUCAGCUUCUCGCACCGCGUCUUUUCCCAAGGCCAUCGCAUCUUCGCGAUACACGAGGCCUAUCAUCGUCGUCGUCGCUGCUCUCUUUCUCUUCGCCAUUGGAUACUUCACCAUUCUUCAAGACUUGUGCGCGUUCUAG